AUGUGCCUGUCUUCAAACGCGGAGUCGUUUCUGUGCGGCGCUAACGCGAAUUUUCUUGAAGCGCAAUACUUGGAGUGGUCAAAGUCCAGAGGAUCAGGAGCCAUUGAUUCGAAAUGGGAUGGAUUCUAUGAUAGCGUCUGCGGUCCUGCGUUAAAGAUUGAAGAAAUGCAGGAUGACUUCAGUCCUACAACAGUCCAUCCUGACCAAAAAAAGGAAGGAGGGAAAAGUUCAGAGGACGACGUUCAAGAUAGAAUCAAACUGAAUUUGGCAGUCGCCAGCUUAAUUCGAAGUUAUCAGUCUCGUGGUCACCUGCUCGCGAAGACUGACCCUCUCGGCCUGACAUUGCCAGCCAGGCUCAUCGCGUCAUCGAAGAAUUUGCCUCUGGACUCCAAAGGGAUAGAGUCUGUUGUGGUAGCCCGGGAGUUGACCUCAAUGUUAACCGACGAACACUUGGACAUGAAGUUUGAACUACCUGAUAGAACGUUUAUUGGCGGCAAGGAGACAUCGCUAACACUCAGAGAGAUAAUCCGGCGCAUGGAGAUGGUGUACUGCGGGUCGAUUGGCAUAGAGUACAUGCACAUGUACGACAUUGAUGCCGUCACGUUCCUCCGCGAGAAGAUGGAGGUGCCGGGUGCCUUCGACAUGAACAACAAGGAGAAGAGAGACAUCAUGAGGCGGCUCACUAAGGCUGUCUUCCUGGAAAAAUACUUCGCCGUCAAAUGGCCGGCGGAGAAGAGGUUUGGUUUGGAAGGCGGUGAGAGCAUGAUCGUGAUGCUGGAAGAGAUCGUGGACACCAGCACCAAGCUUGGUGUGGAGUCCAUCACCAUGGCCAUGCAGCAUAGAGGUCGACUAAACAUGUUGGUGAAUGUAUGCCGAAAACAGUUGCUUGAUAUUUUUGCGCAAUUCAAGCCUAUGGAACCGGUAGAAAGUGUUUCUGGUGACGUGAAAUACCAUUUGGGCACUUUCAUCCACCGGUUCAUUCGCCGUACGAACAAGUACAUCAAGGUUUCGAUGAGCGCGAACCCCUCUCACUUGGAGGUGGUCUCGCCGGUCGUGUGCGGGAAGGCUCGCGCCGAACAGUUCUGGAGAGGCGAUAAUAAUGGCGACAAGGUGAUGGCUAUUGUGAUGCACGGAGAUGCGGCCAUGUGCGGCCAGGGCGUGGUGUACGAGACGUUCUCUCUGAGCAACCUGCCGGCCUUCACCACGCACGGAGCCAUCCACAUCAUCUGCAACAACCAGAUCGGAUACACCACCGACCCACGUUUCUCUAGGAGCUCGCCCUACUGUUCAGAUAUAGCAAAGAUGAUCGAUGCUCCGGUCUUACACGUGAACGGCGAUGACGCCGAGGCAGUCGCGUACGUAGCGCGCGUGGCCAUCGAGUUCCGCUGCAAGUUCAAGAAGGACGUAGUUCUGGACCUGGUCUGCUACCGGCGCCACGGACACAGCGAGGAGGACGAGCCCAUGUUCACACAGCCCUUCAUGUACAAGAAGAUUAGGUCGCUCAAAACUGUCGAUUUGAUGUAUGCGGACAAACUGAAAGCGGAGGGUGUGGCUACCGAGGCCGACAUCAAGGGCUGGGAGAAGGAGUAUACGGAUACGCUCAACAAACACUUCGAGCUCGCCAAGAAGGUCACCAAGCUCAGCAUCACGGACUGGAUCGAUACUCCCUGGACCGGCUUCUUUGAAGCAGUCGACCCUAACAAGAUAUUAGAAACUGGAAUAAGUCAGGCAUCAAUAAAUACUAUUGCCAACCACUUCACUCAGCCACCUGAGCCGUGGGCCUUUGAGAUACACAAGGGUGUCACUAGGAUCUUACAAAAUCGAGAAAAAAUGGUGAAGGAGGGAAUCGCGGACUGGCCGAUGGGCGAAGCGCUGGCGUACGGCUCGCUGCUGCGCGACCAGGUGCACAUCCGCUUCACCGGCGAGGACGUCGAGCGAGGCACCAUGGCCCAUAGGCAUCACGUAUACCACCACCAGGGCGUGGACGGCGCCACGUACCGUGUGCUGGACACCCUGUACCCCGACCAGGCUCGCUACGAGCUACACAACAGCUCGCUCUCAGAGUUCGGUAUCUUGGGCUUCGAGAUGGGUUACUCGUACUCGAGCCCGAAGGUGCUGUCCAUUUGGGAGGCGCAGUACGGCGACUUCGCGGACACAGCGCAGCCAAUGUUUGACACUUUCAUCGCAAACGGCGAGAGCAAGUGGGUCAGCCAGUCAGGCAUCGUGGUGCAACUGCCACACGGCAUCGACGGUGCUGGUCCGGAGCACUCGUCGGGACGCAUUGAGAGAUACCUGCAAAUGUGCGAUGAUGAUGAGGACAUCAUACCCGACCUGGACGAUAAGGGUUUGAUCUUGAAACAGCUGCGUGCAUGCAACUGGAUAGUAUGCAACGUGACGACUCCGGCCAACUACUUCCACAUGAUCCGGCGGCAAAUAGCGAUGCCGUUCCGCAAGCCGCUGAUCAUCAUGACGCCUAAAGUCGGCCUGAAGCACCCCUACUACAGGUCCAAGUUCAGCGAGUUCCUUCCCGGGACUUCCUUUAGAAGAGUCAUCCCGGAAGAGGGGCCAGCCAGCAAAAAGCCUGAAGGUGUUAAAAAGCUAAUCUUCUGCACCGGCAACGUAGCUAUCAAAAUUAAUGACCUUCGAAAAGAGAAGAAACUAGAGGACAAAAUUGCCUUGUGUCGCGUCGAACAGGUGUACCCGUUUCCUUACGACCUGGUCCUCAAAGAGUUCUGCAAAUACGAAAAGGCGAAGAAAGCAUGGUGUCAGGAGGAACAUAAGAAUCAAGGCGCUUGGCCUUUCGUCAAAGUCCGCAUGGAGAAUCUCUUUCAACAAAAAAUUGAAUGCAUUUCAAGACCAGCGAGUUCGGCUUCGGCGACAGGAAUAAAAUGGGUUCACUUGAAGGAGUUGAAAGAACUCAAGGAUAGAAUUAUUGCAGGCUGCGUCUAGAAGUAAAAUUAGUAAAAACUUGUGAAAUGUCCAAUAAUGAAAACAAAAUAAUAAAAAAAUAGUUUUAUA